GCUCGCUCGAACGACUCUGCUCCGAGUGCUUGGCCGGCAGACGCGGCGCCAUGCGUCGACGAUGUCGCUGCCGAUCAUCGACCUUAGCGACGAGGCGACUGCGGUCGCUGCCUUGGACGACGCCUUCUCGACGUUCGGCUGCUGCUACAUCAAAGGCCAUGGCAUCAACCUUGAGAAGGAGAAGCACGUCAUGAAGGCGGCGCAUGAAGUCUUUCGCAUGCCAUCAGCGGCCAAGAAGCUCUGCGAGCGCCCGAGCCUCGGCAACGGCUUCAUUCGCGGCUACAUCGGUCUUGGCGGCGAAAGCGGAAGCGAGCUCAUCGAGGUCAAAGAGGCUUUCUCGUAUGGCUACGAAUGGCCCAAGGACGUUGCGCCGUCCAACCCCCUCCAGGGUCCCAACGUGUGGCCGCCCUCGAGUGCGCUUGACGCGACGCACCAGCGCACGCUGCGGUCCUACUUUACAGACCUCGCGAACGUCUCGACGACGCUGACGCGCCACAUGUCGGUCGCCCUCGGGCAGUCGGAGUCUUACUUUGGCGAUUACGCCAAAGCCGGGGACACGAUCUCGAUCAUGCGCGCCUUCCACUACUUCCCCUACGACAAGCUGCGACGCAAUGCGUCCGACACCAACUUUGUCGGGUCGAGCCCGCACACGGACUGGGGCUUCCUGACGCUGAUUCUGCAAGACCCGACCGGCGGGCUCCAGUUUCUGCACGAGAACGAGUGGAUCGACGUGCCGUACAUUCCUGGCACGAUCGUCGUCAACGGUGGUGACUACCUCUCGCUGCUCACGAAAGGCAAGUGGGUCUCGCCGAUCCAUCGCGUCGUAAGCGAAAACACAUCAGAAGAGCGCUACUCGAUGGUCUUCUUCUACUACCCCGACUACGACGCGCGCAUCCCCAAGCCGCAAAGCGCCACGAAGACAGCGAUCGCCCAAGAAGCCAUUACAUCCACGCUCAACACGCUCGUCGACGGCUCGCUGGACCUCGAAAAAACCUCGUUUGGCGAGUACAUUGCGUCCAAGUGGGCCCACGUCCAGCGCUCGCCGUAAGCGCUUGCAAUAUGCACCGAUCUGCGUUUCUUUUCGGUCACGAAGUC